AUGAUUAAGUAUGCUUUAAUUUCAAGAGGGUCAUUAAUAUUAGCUGAUUACACAGAUUAGGAAACAGAUUUUGCUGUAAUCUCAAAGAAAAUUCUCAUUUAGUAAAAUAAAAAUUAGCAAAAAUAGCUUUUUAUAAGAGAUGAUUAUAUAUUUUGCUUCUUUGGGCAUUAGGAAUAAACUUUUCUUUGCGUUUGCGAUAAUUAAGAUAAAUUCAAAUAAAUAGCAUUUUAAUUUUUAGAUUAGCUCAAAGAUGCUUAUAUUUAAGAAACAUCAUAUGGAAAAGAUGUAGAAAAUUCAGGAAAGAGUUAAUAAGCAAUUUUGUCGUUGAUGAUAAAGAAUUUAAUGGAUGAGUACAAUAAAGGCGAAACAGUAGUUAAAUAGCUUUAAAAUUUAGCAAAAUUAGAAAAGGAUAUAGAAUAAGUAAACGAGAUAGCAAAACAAAGUAUAGAUAAGUUAAUGGACAGAGAACUUAAAAUAAGCAAUAUAGAAGGCAAAUCUAAAUAUCUUUCAAUAUCUUCUAACGAACUUAAAUAUAAUUCUAAGAGGUUAAAAAAAAAAAUGGAGGGAUCUAAUGGCAUUAAUUAUUAUUUACUGAUUUUGAUUAUUUUAGUAUUUUUUGCUAUUUACAAGUACAUUCUUUGA